AUGUCUUGGGUUCUGUUGAGUAUCAUUGUUCUGAGUGGUUAUGAGAUCAUUUCAGAGGGAGCUUCGAGUCUUCAUGUUGUGAACGUUGGAGCAGUCUUCAGUUUAAGCACUUUACAUGGUGAAGUUGCAAAUAUCGCCAUGAAAGCUGCAGAGGACGAUGUAAACUCCGAUCCUAGCUUCCUUGGUGGGUCGAAACUGCGUAUAAUGAUGUAUGAUCCUAAGCGCAACGGAUUCCUCAGCAUCAUGGGAGUGUUGAAAUUCAUGGAGACUGAUGCUGUGGCUAUAAUUGGUCCUCAGACAUCAACAAUGGCUCAUGUUAUGUCUUAUAUUGCAAAUGAGCUUAACGUACCUAUGUUGUCAUUCACAGCUUUAGACCCUAGUCUCUCACCGCUCCAGUUCCCCUUCUUUGUCCAAACAGCACCUAACGAUCUCUUUCUGAUGCGUGCCAUAGCAGAAAUGGUAUCUUACUACGGUUGGUCAGACGUGGUUGCAUUGUACAACGAUGAUGACAACAGCAGAAACGGUGUAACAUCCUUAGGGGACGAGCUUGGAGAAAGACGCUGCAAGAUCUCUUACAAGGCGGUGCUUCCUCUGGAUGUUGUGAUCACUAGUCCACGUGAGAUCAUAGAUGAGUUAACCAAGAUCCAAGGGAUGGAGUCUCGUGUAAUCAUUGUGAACACAUUCCCUAAAACAGGUACCAUGAUCUUUGAGGAAGCCAAGAAGCUUGGCAUGAUGGAACAAGGCUAUGUCUGGAUAGCAACAACUUGGUUGACUUCUCUUCUGGAUUCAAUGUACUUUCUACCUCCCAAGAGGAUAGAAACCAUUAGAGGAGUGCUCACUCUUCGUAUCCACACUCCAGAAUCAAGAAAGAAAAGAGACUUUGUGGCAAGGUGGAACAAGUUGAGUAAUGGAACUGUGGGGCUAAACGUGUAUGGACUCUAUGCAUAUGACACUGUAUGGAUCAUUGCUAGAGCUGUUAAAAGUCUUCUAGAUAGUGGAGCUAACAUUUCCUUCUCCAGCGAUUCCAAGUUAACCAGCUUGAAGGGUGGAACACUGAAUCUAGGUGCAGUGAGCAUAUUUGAUCAAGGACCAAAGUUUCGUGAUUAUAUAGUAAAUACAAAGAUGUCUGGUGUCACAGGUCCAGUACAGUUUCUUCCAGACAGAUCAAUGUUUCAGCCUGCUUAUGACAUUAUAAACGUGGUCGGUGACAAGUUUAAGCAGAUAGGUUACUGGUCUAACCAUUCUGGUCUCUCUGUUAUACCUCCUGAGUUAUUAUACAGUAAGCCAGCAAACCGUUCUAGCUCAAACCAGCAUCUGUAUAAUGUGACUUGGCCUGGUGGGACGUCUGAGACGCCACGUGGAUGGGUGUUCCCUAAAAAUGGGAGGAGAUUGAGAAUUGGUGUGCCUAAUAGAGCAAGCUUUAAGGACUUUGUGUCGACUGCUAAUGGAAGCAACAAAGUUGAAGGGUACUCCAUUGAUGUCUUUGAAGCUGCAAUAAAACUGCUUCCUUAUCCUGUUCCUCAUGAGUUUGUCCUCUUUGGAGACGGCCUCAAGAACCCAAACUACAAUGAAAUUGUCAACAAUUUCUCUACAGGGGUGUUUGAUGCUGUGGUAGGUGACAUAGCCAUUGUUAAAAGACGAACAAGGAUUGUGGACUUCACUCAGCCAUACAUAGAGUCAGGGCUUGUUGUGGUUGCUGCUGUCACAAAGCUAAAUGAUACUCCCUUGGCGUUCUUAAGACCUUUUACUCCUCCUAUGUGGGCUGCAACAGCAGCUUUUUUCCUCAUCAUUGGAUUAGUAAUAUGGAUUCUUGAACAUAGGAUCAACGAUGAGUUCCGUGGACCACCUAGGAGUCAAGUUGUUACAAUAAUCUGGUUAUUUACUAAUAUCUUGGAGAUGUUCAAACUUGCAGGAGAGAAUACAGUGAGCUCACUCGGUCGUAUUGUGUUGCUUAUCUGGCUUUUUGUGGUUCUGAUCAUCACUUCAAGCUACACAGCUAAUCUUACGUCGAUUCUUACAGUGCAACAGCUUAACUCACCGAUCAAAGGAGUAGACACACUCAUGGGCAGCAGCGAACGUGUUGGGUUUCAAGUAGGUUCUUACGCUGAAAACUACAUGAUUGAUGAGCUUAACAUCGCCAGGUCCAGACUUGUGGCACUUGGCUCUCCAAAAGAAUUCGCUACAGCUCUACAAAACGGAACUGUCUCUGCUAUUAUUGAUGAACGUCCUUAUGUUGAUCUCUUCCUCUCUGAGUUCUGUGGGUUUGCUAUCAGAGGCCAAGCGUUCACUAGAAUUGGCUGGGGGUUUGCAUUCCCAAGAGAUUCUCCGUUAGCAGUUGACAUGUCGACAGCGAUCUUAGGUCUGUCUGAAACAGGACAGCUUCAAAAGAUACGUGAAAAGUGGCUUUCCAGAUCUAACUGUAGUAACCUGAAUGGUUCACACUCACAUGAUGAUCAAGAACAGCUUACGCUCCAUAGCUUCUGGGGGUUAUUCCUUAUGUUUGCGGUUGCUUGUUUCAUCGCUCUCUUUAUCUACUUCUUUAAGAUAGUCCGAGACUUUUGCAACGACCACAAGCCUGAGGAAGAAGCUAUAGUACCUUCACCAGAAAGCUCGCAUUGUAACACAUUGCAGACGUUUCUUGCUUACUUUGACGAGAAGGAAGACAAAACCAAGAGAAGGUUGAAGCGUAAACGGAACCAUGAUCUCUCUGUAAAGUUUUCUAGACCAAUGUGACGGAUCAAAUCAUCA